AUGGGUAAGAAAGCCAGCUUUGAGCGUGCCCACCAGCGGCAUGUGCAGCACACGCGAGAGCAGCGCAAGCGGAAGGUGGCUGCAGCCAGGGCGUUGCGGCGUGGCGAAGACACGAGUGGGCGACUCAUUAAGCGUACUACCCUGAAGAAGCCCCAGCUGUCGGAUGAAAAGAAGGCGAUGCUCGUGGAACAGUUUUCUCAAGCCUGUCGGAUUCCCGCCACUUCUGAGGAUCUGUGCACGCUGCUGCGUUCAGUGGGUCUGGAACGAGCUCAAUCUGAAGCAUCUCACAAGCGACGACGAGAUGAAGACACGACAGAUGACUUCAUGCUGAGCACCAUUGCGGAUACCUUUCUGCAAUUGGAUCAUCAGGCCGCUGUCACGACAGAGGACACGGAUGAGGAGGAGCCCAUGACUUUACUUGAGGUUGUUCUUCAAGAUGAGUGUGGCGGCCGCGUGGUGUGUGCCUUGAUAGCAGCCCUGGACGCUGCCAACAAUGGCAAGAAGCCGAUGGUACUAGACGCUGUGACCAAACCAUUUGAGGAGAAUGAGACACUCUAUGAACACUAUGUCGCCUGUAAGGUGAUGAGUUCGUUAGUUCAACAUGGUGGCCGUGAAAUACAAGAACGAGUUCUCCAGGUGUUGCGGCAGCAUGCCAAAACAGUGGAUCAGUUGCAGGCGCAACUCCGCAACCGCCACUCAGCCGUAACGAUCCAACACCUCAUUGAGCAUUUCCCCACUGAGACGGUGGCGUGGUUGGGUGACACUCUCGGUAUCACGGAGCUUGUGACGGAGAACACAAAGAAGAGGCAGAAAACAACUCAUAAUGCGUCUGACACACAAGAAACUUUGCUCUCAUUAAUACUUGAUCCCGUGGCUUCUCCAGUCAUGCGAGCGUUCAUUCUUUGCUCAGUCAACUCUUCUGCUUUAUUGAGGUUUAUGGACCUUGCGCCACUUCUCGUGAAUAAACGGGGCUGCAAGUUCUUGCAGGAUAUUUUGUCCCCCGAGUUGCCAAAGUGGGCCUCAGAGGUGGAGGCCAAUGCAACCUUAGACGUCGUUGUGAACUCCUGUGAAACCAAACUGCUUGAGAUGUGCACCUCUGCUGACGCUAACUUUGUUGUGCAAGCUAUCAUUGGCCUUAUUCCGCGUACGGGGAAGUCGUCGAUGGAGGGACAUUUUAAACACAUUCUCAAGUUGUUGGGACCACAUCUUUCUUAUUUGGCAACACAUUAUAUUGGUGUGCACGUGGCAAUGGCACUUGUUGUGGCGUCACUCGCAACUCAUAUGAAGGACAUAGUGGAGGACAUUGCAGGGGCGCUACUAACACGAGAUAGUGUGGCGGACAUGCUGUGUGACCCCAAUGGUAGUUUGGUUGUACGAAAACUUAUGCCAUUAUGUGGUGUAAAAGAAUCUAAAGUGGGACAGCUGCUGCUUAAAGCCAUUGGUCGUGACAUGGACACCUUGAUGUAUGACGCCAUUGGAAAUUUAACACUACAGGAGUAUAUUAAGUUUUGUGGUGGAGAGGAACUUGCUCGAAAGCUGUGCAAAAGUGAUGAGCUUCUAAGUAUGUGUCAGCAUGCGUACGCUUCCCAUGUUGUAGGUUGCCUUUUUGAUAAUGUGAAAGCGACGAUGCAUACACAUCUCUGUCACGCGCUCUACCCACAUGUUGUGACGCUGUCAAAACAUUUGAAUGGACGGUUUGUCGUUGAAAAAGCGAUUCAUGCAAAUCGUGACAUCUGUGAUUUGCUUCUUCGCCACUUUAUGGAACUCACACGUGAGAAGGGGACACAACACGUGUUGUGUACUUUGAUGCUGAACUUGGAUGAACGCGGCAAGCGGCGGGUGGUGAGUAUGAUUAUUUCGGGUCUCGCUGACCUUGCCAUGCAGCAGUGUAGCUCUAUCAUUUUGCAAAAAAUGAUGCUGACUGAUGCGCUACUUCUCAAUGCAGUGAAGAACGAGUUGGUGCAGAACCCGCGCCUGCGCAACAAUCUCGCCCAAAACUUUUUUGGUAAGUUUGUCGUGCAAAUAAGUGAUGCUGCGGGGGAAGAAACAGCCGCUCUUCCCCUUGAGGAUUAA